AGAUAGUGCUUGGUUUUGUUUUUGUUUAUUUUAUGACUCAUUGGAUUUAAUGCCAGUGUAAUGUGACAAUGAUAAUCAUAAUGCGUCAAUGAAUUUACAGAAUUUAGACUGAGCAUACAAGUAUUAUCAAAAAUGGGAAAAUUUGUUACAGAGGUUCAAGUUAUUAAUGCAGAAAAAAGAAGGUUGCCAAAUAAAUAUUAUGUGUAUGUGAUACUAGUUACGUGGUCAGAUGGAUCAACAUUAACAAUAUAUAGGCGUUACAGUCGAUUUUUCGAUUUGCAGACUAAGCUUCUUGACACCUUCCCCAUUGAAGGUGGUGCUUUGGAUCCUGCACAAAGAGUUAUUCCCUUUUUACCAGGAAAAAUAUUUUUUGGAAGAAGUCAAAUCAAAGAUGUAGCCAUGAAGCGAUUAAAAGAGCUUAAUUUUUACUGUCAGAAAUUGAUUGAGCUUGAUCCUAAAAUUUCUCGGUGUGAAGAUGUCUUAGAAUUUUUUGAAGUAGAACCGGAAGAUUUAGAAGUAGCUACUAAUGAAGCAGAUGAGGGAUGUCCAUUAUAUGUGGAUGGAAUGCUAAUUGGAGGCCAGGAUCCUGUCAUCAGGAAACCCAAAUUAUCCUUAAGUUUGUCUCUGUUAGGUCUGAGCAAGCUGAAGAUCUCCAAGGACAAGAAAGCCGACAGCAUAUCCUCCCCGAAAAGAUUAGACGGCUACGUGGCCAUCGCUGAGUACACAGCCCUGAGCUCUGGGGAACUGAGCCUUUAUCCUGGACUCAAAGUGGAAGUCUUGGAAAAGAAUGAAAACGGAUGGUGGUUUGUCAAUUCAGAAGAUGCUCAAGGCUGGGUGCCCAGUACGUACCUUGAACCUGAAGGUGGGGCUGACCCAAAAUCAUUGGUUGCUCCAAUUGCCACCCCUGGAAAAGAGGAAAGUUUUAUUUGCAUUGAAAAUUUUGAAGCAGCAAGCACAGAUGAACUAAGCUUGGAAAAAGGUGCCGUGGUACAAGUAUUACAGAAAAACCUAGAUGGUUGGUGGCUAGUCAGAUAUAAAGGUCGUGAAGCCUAUGCUCCAGGAACAGUACUUAAGAAAGUUAGUAACCCCAACACUGUGUCCAUGGUGGAGAAAUCUCAGUUAAGUGGAGUAGAGAUUAUCAGCAGCCUGCAUGAUGUCAGCAACCUUCUCAAUCAAACAUCAAGACCUGAGAGCCAGGGUGACAGAAGCUCUCACUGGCCAGGAAAGGAAAGUCUAGACCAAAGAGCAUCUGUGAUUGUGAAACAAAGGUCUUUGGAGAGGGGAGGUAACUUAAUGCCACCCCCACGCCAGAACUCUGUCAAUAAAACGAGUGUGCCUUCAUCUCCAACAAAAACUAAUGUAUAUGUGACUAUCAGUGACUUCACAGACACAGUGGGGGAUGGACUUAGUUUUAAAAAGGGACAAAAUGUCUUUGUGACAGAAAAAUCCAACACUGGUUGGUGGUAUGUAAAAAUGGGAGAUAAAGAAGGCUGGGUUGUCUCUUCAUACUUAUUGCCCUUACCUGAAAACACAUCUUUAAAAUCCGAUUAUGAAUUGGCUUCUUUAGACGAAAUUGAUAAUAAUAAUUCUCACGACUAUGAUGAUGAAGAUUGGUAUGUGGAACCUGAGGAUGAUGGGAUAGAAACAAUCCCUCCACCGGCAGAUAAUACAGCUAAACGCCCAUUGCCAGCUCUACCAGCAAAUUUGGAGCAGCCAAAAGCUUCAAAACCUCUGCCUGUGUUGCCAGCUAAAAAGCCUGAAGGAUUCAAACUUCCUACACCACCACAAAAGCCAGGAGUCUCAAACAAUAUUUCACAGCCAAGCACAAAGCUUCAAGAUGUUGUACUGAAACCUGUCUCAAAACCUCCAGACCCACCAUCAAAACCUACAUCAAAUCCAGUCACACAUUCUGAACCUCAGAAAAAAGCUGGUGAAGAGCGGCAUUCUGUAGGUGGCUCCCUGGACUUAGCAUCACAGCUCAAAGCCAAAUUUGAAUCACGAUCAGGAACUGCUGCACCAGAGGUCACAGAGAUAUCAAUAUCUAAACCAGGUCCUACUAAAUUUGGCAGUCCAAUUAUACCUCAAGGGAUACAAAUCUUAACCCCAAAAGAAUCUCAAGAAAGUAAUCAAUCUUUAGCAGUUAACCUUAAGCCAGUUCCAAAACCUCCUCCACCAUCAAAAUUAAAACCAGCUGGUGUGAUACCAUCUACAGCAUUCAAACCUGUAGCUCAGACAGGGGCCAAACCUUUGCCUUCAGCAGUCAAACCAAAUCCAACCUCAUCAAAACCUACUCCACCUGCUCCCCCACUGAAGCUAAGCAUAAAGCCAGAAUCAAACAAUAAUAUUCCAACAAAAAGUAAUGUUAAAAAUUUAUCAUCCACAUUUGGUGCUUCCUCAAGUGUAGAAAAAACAACAUCAUCAGCAAAACCUAGUUUGCCUGGCAAGCCUAAACCUGUGUUACCAUCUAAAGCAUGUUCAAGUACUCCGUCAGCUGUAAAUAACAAGGCUGGCAACCAGAAUGUCAACAAUUUAGUCAACAAUUUGAGCAGCAAACUUAAUUUUGGCCAGAGUCCACUGACCAACAGGGCAAGUGGUACACUGGAAGAUAAACCUGCUACCAGCUCAGCAAAGCCCCCAGCAGCCCCCAAAAAGCCAUCUGCACCUGCGAAGUCCAGUGCACAGACUGUCACACCAGUGUCUCCAAUGGUCAGCAUGUAUAUUGCUAUUUCUUCUUUUGUGGCUGAAAAUGAAGGAGAACUUGGGUUUUCUGAAGGAGAUGAAAUUGAGGUUUUAGAGGAGCAGAACGACUGGAGUCGUAUUCGGUGCUGGGAUGAAGAAGGUUGGGCACCUUCCAGCUACUUGCAAAAAUUGUAACUUCAAAACACAUAAAAGUGGUUGAAAAAACAGAGUUUUAAAGCCUUUCUAGAAAUAUGUAUCCUACAUUUAAGAGAGACAUUUAAAUCAUCAACUGUCCCUUGACUUUCAUGUUCGGUGUGCUGACAGUUCAUGUAACCAAAUCCCUCAACGUUUCCCGGCCAGCAGCUUUUCUUAGCAGGAUAUUAAGAGAGAGGCCGGUCCAUUCUUUUAUGUUUAAAUAGGGUCCAGAAAUUCUUAGAAUAUUAUAAUACAUUUUACAACAUUUUCUUUGAAAUGAUCACAGUGGAGAAAUGUUCUUUUAUUUCAUACCUUGAAACUGCUGUUACUUUAUUUGUUGUUUACCUCCAACAUUCCCUCAGCUUUCUUAUCUUAUGAUAAACACUUUUUAAUAUUUGUUAUCUACUAACAAGCCAUUCUUUUAAGUAUUAUUGUUAUUUGUGUAAUGUUCUUUUUAACAAUAGUGUAAGUUGUCUAUUUAAUUUUCAAAAAUUCCAUGCUUCUGUUUUUAAUCAGUGAUGUUUCCAGCAUUGUGACUUUUUUCUUUGAUAUCUUUAUUUCAAUGUGUUAAGAUGAUUUAAAGGAUUGUUAGAUUUUGUGAUAAUUUCCAAAACCAACUCUAGAUUUUUAAAAUAACUCAGUAAAGAUAUUCUGUGAAGAUUGGUUUGGAAAGGCUAAAUAAUUUUUUAUUUUUUUUUUUAAAUCCUUAAGUAAAGAUUUUUUUGAUGUUGGCCAUUUAUGUUUAGUUAAAAAAUAUCUUAGUUGAAAUUGUUACAGCAUUUUUACGUUCCUUACAAAACCUAAAAAAGAAAAAUUACAAAUUUAGAUUUUUGGUAGUACAGUCAUAGUACCAACACCAUUCCGUCUCAUCUUUUGCUUGUAUUGAACAAAGUUGACCAAAACAUUUAGAAAACCAUCAACUAGACAUUUAUAGAAGUUGAUACUAAGGAAAGACCCAUUAUUACCAAAUAAAAAUUGCUAUCAUGUUAUUCUUAUAUGUGUAAUUAAGAUUUUAAAAAAUUGGUGAAUUUGGAAUAAAUGGAAAUAUUAGACAAAUUUAACCUUUGAAAAUAUUUUCUUGCCAGCACAUGUGGGUGAACACAUAAGGUGCAUACAAGUCAUUACAUAAUUGACAUGUCUGCUGUAUGAUAUUAUUGUAUGAGCCUUCAGCUGAGUAGAAUAUUCUUUACAGUUACUAUUGUGAAUUGCCCCUUUUUUUUAUUGUUAUACUACACACACAAAAAACAACAUAUUCACCACUUUUUCUAUAGUUUUUUAGAAACUAAUGUUUAACGUGCUUUUGGGACUACAUUCUAAAACUAGGGAAGAACAAAGCCAGUAUUAUCACAUUUCAAAAUAUUAAAAAUUUGAUUUUAAAUCUUCAGUGGCCAGAUAGGAAUUACAAUAAGUAUUUGUUCAUUCAUUAUAGUUGUUUUAGAAAUAAGGAUUCUGUUUAAUGAAUAUUUUUCUCAAUUGUUCAAUAUUAAAUUUCCGCAAUUUUCUUUACUUUUUUGUAUUGCUAAUCAAUUAUUUUAUAUGAUAAAUUCCUUGCAGUAUACUAUAUAAAGCAUUACUAAAUAUAUUUUCUUCAUUAUAUUCUUAGAGGAUUUAUCAAUUUAAAUUAAUUUUAUAUCCUUAUUUUGAACCUCAAUAACAAACUAAAAAUAAUAAUAACAAAAUAAUAAACUGCAGUCACAACUAACCUGAACAGGGUGUGUUAAGGCCAAGUGUGUUAUGCCAUGGAAAGAUGCUAAAAUCAUUGAAUGAACACUCAGUGAAGUGUUAUUCAAAAGUUAUAGUAAGCCUUUAAUUAAUAAUGAGGUUGUAAUUUGUUAUGUAUACAUAUGUUGAGAAGUGAUUGAAACAUUUCGUAUAACUAUUUUAAACUUUUUAAUCAAAAUAAAAUUUUGUAAAUAAUGUUGUUUUAGAUAGCCUUUCAGCUUGUUUAAAUGAAAUGUUCUAUAUCUGUGGUAUGACGCUAGUAGUUGCCAAAGUGUUUGCUUAUUUAAUUAUUUGAUUGAAGUUUUUGUAAGUUCAAAGUUAAAGAGAACUCUAAGUGAUCUAGACUAGUGUCUUGUCAUAAUAUUAAAUAAUAGUCAGGGAAGAUUGGUUAAACAAGAUAGAACCACUUGGGAAAAUCAAGAAGGCUGUGUAUUUUUAGUGUUGAAAUACCAAGAUCUACUGUACUUUUAUUUUUACAAAGAUGUUUUAUCGAAGCCUAUACUUUUUUGUUUUGUUUUGUUUACUAACACAAGCAUCUUUCAUUUCAUUCAAAAGCCAGAAAGUGUUAACCAGAAAGAAUCUGUGAUGUGUGUUCAGAACAUUUUGACUUGUUCAUGUGAUUAACAUAAUGAUUUGUUUCAUGGAAAAAGAUUUUUAAAAAGAUUUGUUAUAAUCCCUUAUGUUAAAGUUUUUGAAAGGUCACAUUCAAAAAGUUUUCAAAUGCAGUGUCUAUCAAAGAGGAAGUAUGAAUCAAUGUCUUUCAUUCCAAAAGUAUGCCUUUCUGUUUUCUGGUAUAGUUAUUCAAAAUGUGACCAGUUGUUUGUAUUAUAAUUUAUUUGCCAAUGUUAUUGAAGAAAUUUUAAAAUAAAAAACUUGUUUUUAUAGUUUGAGUUAUAGUCAGUAUGAUUUUUUAAUGUGUCUUAGUACAUUUAUUUAUGUUUGUAAACAUAUUUGAUUUUGCAAUAUUGUUUUCAACUUUAGAUAUAAUUCAUAUACACUGAAGACCAAACUGCCUAUAUACUUGAAUGUUGUUUUUGAAAAACUAUUUUGUACAAUUUUAGUUUUCAUAGCAUAAUUAUUAAAGGAACUUCAAUUUAACAAUGUUACCAAAAUAAAAUAAGCUUGUAUCAAUUCAAUUUUUUGUUAAUGAAGACCGACUAUAGUUUUAUUAUUAAAAAGCUAUUAAACUGUUUGUGACUUC